GCCAGGCUCGGGCUGCUCCGCCUCGGAACCCGAGGACAGCGGGAGCGGUUUCCUUUAAAAGAGAGGGAGAUUUUUGUGAGAGCACACAGGAAAGGCCGGACGCUGAGCGGCGGGCAGCGGAGAAGAUGACCACAUUCUUUAAAACACUUCGAAAUCAUUGGAAGAAAACUACAGCUGGCCUCUGCUUGCUGACAUGGGGAGGUCACUGGCUCUAUGGAAAGCACUGUGAUAACCUGCUAAGAAGAGCAGCCUGUCAAGAAGCUCAGGUGUUUGGCAACCAGCUCAUUCCUCCCAAUGCACAAGUGAAGAAAGCCACUGUCUUUCUCAAUCCUGCAGCUUGCAAAGGCAAAGCUAGAACUCUAUUUGAAAAAAAUGCUGCCCCAAUUUUACACCUGUCUGGCAUGGAUGUGACUGUCGUCAAGACAGAUUAUGAGGGACAAGCCAAGAAGCUCCUGGAGUUGAUGGAAACGACCGAUGUGAUCAUUGUUGCUGGAGGAGACGGCACCCUGCAGGAGGUUGUUACUGGAGUACUUAGAAGAACAGAUGAGGCUACCUUCAGUAAGAUUCCAAUUGGAUUUAUCCCGCUGGGACAGACCAGUAGUUUGAGUCACACCCUCUUUGCUGAAAGUGGAAACAAAGUCCAACAUAUCACAGAUGCCACACUCGCCAUUGUGAAAGGAGAGACUGUUCCACUUGAUGUCUUGCAGAUCAAGGGUGAAAAAGAACAGCCUGUCUAUGCCAUGACCGGCCUCCGGUGGGGAUCCUUCAGAGAUGCUGGCGUCAAAGUUAGCAAGUACUGGUAUCUUGGUCCUCUAAAAACCAAAGCAGCCCACUUUUUCAGCACUCUUCAGGAGUGGCCUCAGACCCAUCAGGCCUCCAUCUCUUACACGGGCCCUACAGAGAGACCUCCCAUUGGGCCUGAAGAUGCUCCACCCCGGCCUUCUCUGUACAGGAGAAUAUUACGUAGGCUUGCCUCGUUCUGGGCACAGCCACAGGAUGCCUUCUCCCCGGAGGUGAGCCCUGAGGUCUGGAAAGAUGUACAACUGUCCACCAUUGAACUGUCCAUCACAACCCGAAACACCCAACUUGACCUGACGAGCAAAGAGGACUUUAUGAACAUUUGCAUUGAGCCUGACACUGUCAGCAAAGGAGAUUUCAUAAUCAUAGGCAGUAAGAAGGUGAGAGACCCUGGUCUGCGAGCGGCCGGCACCGAGUGUCUCCACGCCAGCCGCUGCACUCUGGCUCUUCCUGAGGGAACUGAGGGCUCCUUCAGCAUUGACAGCGAGGAGUAUGAAGCCAUGCCUGUGGAGGUCAAACUCCUGCCCAGAAAACUUCAGUUCUUCUGUGAUCCAAGGAAGAGAGAGCAAAUGCUGCAGAGCACAUCCCAGUGAGCCUCAGCCUUGCGGGGACGUUCCCAGGCUGCCCUGCGGCAGCACUGCGGGGCGUUCCCAGGCUGCUCUUCAAGCCACCAGUGGGACCAUAAGGGAAUGUGUGUGCUUCUGGCCCAGCGUCACAGGAUCCCAAGGGAAUUUUCAUGGCAAGUACCCCCAACCCGUUUGCUUCCUAGAGCACAUACCCUGUCACCCAACCUGUGGUCAGUACUCUGUUAACCCCUGCUUUCCUUACGUUGAGGUAGUUGAUCCCUCCUACACAGUGGUUGUCUCAGGCUGCUUCAAGGACAUUCUUGCCCUCACUGAGUUGGAAAGGGCUGGAGUUUUGUGAUUGCCCCACAGUGAAGAGUAGAAUCUGUAGAGUAAGCUCCUGUUUCAGUUCUCAGACCGUCCUGGGGCCUCCGGGGAAGCAGCUGCUGUCUCUGGGUGCCUUUCCCUCUUUCUGGGCUCUCUUAUGGGUGCUGCUCUUUUGUGAGCUCUCUGCUUUGGUUGGUUGGUCUCAUCUGGAAAGCAAAUGUGAGGCUGUUCCCUCUUCAGCCUUGGCAAACGUAUUGUAAAACGCUAUUUAAAAACAAACUAGUACUUCCUCAUUGUUAGUGUGCAUGUGUACAACUGAGGCUCACGUUGAAAACUAACUGACCUGGGGCCCACCCCCCAAACUUUGUAACUCAACCUGGCAGGAGGCCAGCAUUGCUCAUUUUAAAAGACUGCUUCCCAGGUGAAUCAACCAUACCGGGAGAAAGUGUUUUAAAUCUACUUCAUAAACUUAUAUGUAUUAUAUAUAUAUUUUUAAAAAUCACGUUUGUGUUGACGUAUGUUGUUUCCAUGAGAGGUUAAACACUUAUCAGUGUGCUUACUAGUGUUGUGUAAAUAUUGUUUAAGAAUAAAAGCAGUUUCAUCGUUCUUUUAAACAGA